UCCAGUCUAGUAGCAACCGUCCGGCUGACCACAGCACAACAAGCUCCGCAGAUAUUAACGAGCCGGCAGCGUGCCGCCGGUAACUGCGCGUCGCGCACGCAAACACAAAGCCAACGCCGUCCAAUAGGAAAGUGGAGGAAAAUAACGGCACUAGUUACACAAAAAAAAAAUAGAAAUUACAAAAAAAAAAACUAUAGCACUAACGGUAAAAAGUGGAAAUACCGAAAGUGGCGGUGUAACAGGCGUGCAGCGCUGCCAUUAUAUGCACUUACAAAGCAGAGGCAUGCUCAUACGCCUAUAUGUAUGCUAAAUUAUAAUUUUUUAACGCGUCGUGCUAUUUGCCCGGUUAACGGUUUUUGUAGUACAGUGCAUAGGCAAACGCCAGCGGUAAAACAAAAAUCGAUGCGUUGCGACGCCGCGUUUAUUAGUGACAUUUUCGCCCGUGUUUACUGUUGCUUUUGAACGUAUGUAUGUAUGUGUAUAUAAUUUCCGUCGCCGAUUUAUGACCGGAAAGCGCAGUGACAAAAGCAGUGCAUGAAAAUAACUGUAAAAAAAUGUCGCUAAAGCAAAUAAGCGCAGAAGUUGCUUAAAAUAAAUAAUAUUGUUCGAUAUUAUUGCACUAUUUAUUAACUGGAAGUGAGUUUUGCAAUAAAAAAAAUAUAAAAAAAUUUAAAUUCGAAAAUGGAUAUACCGAACACUGGUGCCAUUUUUACGCUCGGCAAAUCGUAUUUGGCGGAGAACACGCAGAGCUACUUCUACAUCAAAAACGAUCCGGUGAAACGGCUUAUAUCGGGACCGCAUCAAAGUGCGGUCAUUUGUGAAAGUGGACGAUUAUUUGUUUGGGGUGAAAAUCACUACGGUCAACUGGGUAUUGGCAGUCCGUCCAACCAAAAUGGCAACAAUAAUAAAAACCACAAUAGCACUAGUCAUGGCGAUAUUAUUACGAAGCCAACAUGCGUGAAAUCGUUGAAAACGCUGGGUUUGAAAAUAGCCGACGUCGCUUUCGGCAACGAUUGGUCCAUAAUACUCACACAUUCAAAUGAACUGUUCUACACGGGUCGCAACAUCUUUCCAAGCGAAUCGAAUGUGGCGCGCAAUUUCAGUGUGGCCACCGUGGCGGAUGAGCAAUGUCAAAUUAUACGCAAGCCAUUUCGAAUUGAAGACCUGGACGAGUGUCUGUCGAAGAAUGAGGAUGCUGAGUGUUACACGCAUGUCUUAGCGGGCGAUGAGCACUUUGUGCUGAUGACCAGUUUUGGUCGCCUUAUUGGCUGGGGUUCGAACCAAAAUUACCAGCUUGGAAUGCCCGCCGGCCACACAGUGCAGAAACCGCAUGAAAUAAAUCUCGGCGCGGCGGUGCAGCAAUUUGUUUGUGGACCCGAGUCGACGCUGGUGCUCACCACCACGGGCAAGCUGUAUUUUACCGGCCAUCUCAAUGACUUUGUAUUCUCACAAUUUACCGAGCUACAACAGAAUCUUGGACCAACGGAGCAAAUUAUAUUCAUGCACAUUUCGAAAACGAAUGACAUAUUUAUAGUGACCAAUGCCGGCAGCAUUUAUCGCAGUAUCGAGUCGGUGCGUACGAAAAGUCUAAUAUUUCAGCGAUUCUACGACUAUGAUAGCGAAGAAAACGGACCGAUUUGGAAACUGCUGAAGGGCUUUUCCUUCUAUGCCGUGCUCACGAAAGCGAAUAAGUUUUACACAACAUUCUCGGAGAGCGGUCAUCAUUUGAAGACGUUUCGUGAGAUUUCGAAAUUCAAAAAUUUACGUCUACUAGACGUGGCAGUGGGUAAUAAACAUAUAUUGGUGCAUGGCAUACCGCGUUCAUCAACGGUCUCAACAAGCGUGGGCGGCAGCAUUGAACCACAUCGUUUUGCGAGCCGAACCUUCGUAAUGCCGCCGACUUUGGUGAAUGGUACCGGUGCUAAAAGCUGGAGUCGGGUGAACAGUGCAACAAAAGCUGAGAGUAAAGAUGGUGGCAAGGUUGAGGCAGAGGACAAAAAAUUGGAGGAUGCGAAUAGCAAUGUGAUGGCAAAUGGCGCAAAUAAUGAACCGACUGAAGUGGCAGAGAAAAAUACAGAAAUCAAAACAGUUGCUGACCAACAUAAUGGAAAUGUAAAUGAAACGAAGGCAGAAGUCACUAGGUCUACAAGCGCUACGAGUACAACAAAAACAGAUGAGCAAAAGACACAAGAAAAAGAACCUGAAAACGUCGAGAAAAAUAUAGAGGCGAAUGGCGUUGCGGAAAAUAAUGGCAACGUUACAAAACAAACUGAAACUAACGGUAAUCUGGAGAUGAGCGAUAAUGAGCCUGUUAAGGAAGCCAAACUUGUAAUGGCUGCCACAGCUGCUUUGGUGCACAAUGAAGCAAAAUCACCGACGAACUCGAUCAAAUCUAUUAGAUCUAUAAAAUCAGCACAUUCCGUUAAAUUUUCGCCAACAGCGCUAAGCAAAAAGGCUUCGCCGGCAACCGAUAAAUUGCUACGACCACACACGCCUUACCCGGACAGCAGCACAACUGGGAGUACACCGACAACCAUCAAGAAGACAACGCCGUUGCGAAAUUUCUCUUAUGAAGCGGCAAUGGAUCAUGACCACAUUGAUAGCACAUCGCCUGUGCUGAUGGAUAGCUUGGAAAAUAUAUCCGAAAGUACAGAAGGCGAAAGGGAGCAUAAAAACGCACUGGCCUCUUCAGCUGCACUGCCAUUUGAGGAGGACGAGCAAUUGACAGUGGAGAUUAACACAACAACUGAUCCGCUAAAUAGUACUAUUGUAGUAAAUGAAAUACGUUUUAUAAACAAUGGAGUGGAUGUGACGGACAAUGUGAAGGCGGCGUCGCUUGAACGAGAGGAUACCGAGAGCACGCUCGACUCGUUAGAAGAGCAAGCGGAGGGCAUAACAAGUAAAUCUAAUGAAACUCUGAAUAAUUUGAGUCAAGGUCAUAACUCAGAUAUGGAAGAAGUGGGUGGUGGCGGAGAGGAAAUUAAAAACACUAUGCAAAAAAUCGAAGACAAUGCCAAGGAGGUGACACAUAAAAUAGGAACUAAAGUAGAUGAAGCUGAUACGGCAGUAAAAAAUAUAGUCGAAUCAAAGUUAGAGAAGGUUAACGACGCAGCAAGUGAGAUAAAAGAUGACUUGGCGCAACAAGCAGCACAAAUAGAUGAAGACAUCAAAACGACAAAAACCGAGCUGAAAACAAACGCGGAAAAGGUGGGUGAAACCAUAACAGAUAAAAUGGAAAAUGCCGCCAAAAAAGCCGCUACAGCAGCCACCGAUGUGCGUGAUACGGUAGAAACUGCAGCCAAACGUGCUGCGGCAGGUGCACGCGACGCGGUCGAAACGAUGGGUGAUAACGCUAAGCGUGUGGCAAAUGACACCAAGACGACAGUCGAAAGUAUAGGCAGCAGCGCUAAACGCGCAGCAACGGGUGCUAAAAACGCCGUUGGCAAUGUAUUUAUCAAAAUGUCAGACGGCACUAAGGAUGCGGUUGACUCUGUGGCUGCAAAAAUCGCAAGCGAGGUGUCUGGUGCUAAGGAAAAUAUUAACACAAUGUUUCAAAGCAAGACACUUAAACCCACGCCUGUGGAGGAAGAUGCAGUGUCAUCAGCGUCAGAGGCUGCAUCCAAAGGUGGACUAAAAACUAAUACAACCACCAAUGGUGAGGAUGAUGAACGCACAACAGCAUCCGUAAAUUCCACGCAAAACUCUACUGGUAAUCCUUUUGAAAGCAAUAAUCCAUUUGAGAAUGAUGAAUUUGACGAUGUGGUUGAACGUGGUAAGAAAGCAAUGCAGGUCGAGAUCAACACCGUGCAUCGACAAGUGGCUGAAGAGAUAAAGGAUGCGGAGAAGGAAACAAGUAAAGUGCGCAAAUUUUUCAGCGAAAUGCGUGGUAUAUCUUGCCGCAAUGAAAAAUCAGUGGCAGUUGAUGAUGAUCCGCCACGUUAUUCAGUAGAAGAUAAGUAUCCUACACCAGCACAUCGUGACCGGGAGCAAAAUAACACAUCAAAAGUAUGCUCAAUAUUAUAAAUAUUUUCGGCUAAUCUUACACAGACUAAGAUAUGAUUGCAUUUCGAAUUUGUUUACCUAUAAUAAAACAGUGACUUAUAAUACUUAUAUAGAACGUUUAAAUAUAUGUAAUUUUACCUA